ACGGCAAAGAAUCACAAUCUAUUCGGGAGACAGUCGCUGGCCAUACGCGACGCAACUGCGAAUGCAGCGGACGAUCGGCGGGUCCAACUAUAUAAAAAUAAACCGACAGCAAGAAGAAGCUGUCCGAGCAAGCUGUGCCAAAAAAUUUCAAAAUUAGAGUACAUAUAGUGAUGUGCGGUCCGUUUCUGUUGUAAAUAAUUUGUAAAAACCGAUCCAAAUAAUAACAAAAUAUAACCAAGCCUUAAACAAACAUGGCAGCUGUAAGUUAUGGCCGAAAGGGAAGCGGACAGCUGGAGGUUAUGCAAAAAGCUGGCUGGAAGAUCGAUGAGAACGAGAAAGCCUGCUAUAUCGAUGUGGAUGAAGAUGAUAAUGAAUCCACCGAUGGAGCUGAUGAUUCGACAAGAGUUUACUCGAAGUGGUGCUAUCUGCCCAACAUUGUACUCGAAGAGGUAUUUGCGUAUCUAAGCCCCAAAGAGCGUUAUUACGCAGGAUUGGUCUGUCGACAGUGGUACCGUGCUUUGUAUUUGCCCAAAGUUUGGAAUAAUUUCGUGGUGGACGAUCGCACACUGACCCGCCCGAAGUACAACUACUACUCCGGCUGGCAGUACUGCCUGGACCACAUGCGCACCCAAAACUGUCUGGCCCGGAUUGGGAAGUAUCUGAGAGGCAUUGAGUUUAGGCCCUGGCACAGCUUCAAUAAUAUCUAUCAGUUUAUGACGAUGUUGUCGUGGAGUAUGGACAAGAGCAACGAACAGCAGGCGCCGCCGGAGUUAAUAGGAAUGGGACGUCGAAUUCGAUCCCUGGUGUAUCAUUUUCCGUGCAACAUGUCUCAGCCAAAUGAUCCCGAGGGAAUCAAGCUCUUCGGAACUGGAGGUCAGCUUCUGAAAGGUCUGAAGGAGCUACUCCAGAGACUAACAGACCUGCACACUCUCAAGCUGGUGGACUUUGUGCUGGAACGCUUCGAGGCGAAUCACCUACUGGACGAGGUCGUGUGCAGCUGCUGCACCAAAAUGCGAGUGCUCAACCUGGUGAAUGUGACAACCACCCACUGUCCCAUCAUGCAUGUCGGACUCUUCCUCAACCUGCAGGUGCUCACCAUCUCCCCGCAAAACAUCGACGACGAUGUGCUGUCCCUGCUGGCGGACACCAAACUGCGUCACUUGCAUUUGCUGCAGAACUGCUACACACCCAAACACGUGACCAUCAGUGCCUGCGGGGUGAAGGCCUGGCGGAGCCUGAAAAAGACCAAUCCUCGGAUGCGUGUUCAUCUCCGCCUGGAGAACCUCGAGGACGGGGAGGUGGUUCUACAGCCGGAGGCUCCGGUUCACAGUAUCACCUACUGGGCCCCGCAGGCCAGAAUCCGGCCCGAAUUGCUGGUCCGGAUGGUGGACCACUACCGGAACACGCUUGCCGUUUAUGGCCAUGAGCUCCUGCCGCGCUUCUCCAGCCCCAAGCCGUUUCAUAAUCGCAUCGACAGCUUAUUGUUGCUGAUGUGCCGGCAAUGCUUCAAUAUGGACACCCUGAUCAUCCGCGAGAAAGUCUCCACCUCCACGCUUCUGUUGAUUGCAAAAACUGCCAAAAAUCUGCGGCAUCUUCACGUCCGGCGUUUUGCCGUAAUUCUACGCUGCGACUGGCCAAGACAUCCGGAGUGGAGCGAUGAGUUCCACAUAUGGCUACGUCGCAACUCGCGAUCCUAUGAGGCAGUCGAAAGGGAAAUCUCCCAGAUAGUGGGCUACAAGUGGCAUCUACUCAGUGAUCGUGAUUUUAAGCAGCUGACAGUGAAUGUCAAAUCGGGGGCAUAAAGAAUUUGCAGCAAAUCCCUGAACUUGUGAGACUUGUGAUAAUAAAAAAAAACGUUUAGAGCUUUACUUAAUCAAUGAAUGAGGCUUACAGUGCCAAAGAAUAAAAUAAA